AUGACCAGCAAUGUUCCUAAUUUCAAUGGAAAUAAGCAUUUUAUGACUGCUUGCAGCGCUGUUCAAAGCAAAAAACAAACCGCAACGUUCCUGGCAACCGUACCCGGUUUUCGUAAGUCUUCAUUACCUUUCGCCUCAGUUUCCUCCCACCCAUGGGCUCAUUCAUCCCUUUCCGUUCUCACCACUCAUUUCAUCAAACAAACGUGGGGCUACGCGAAUGUGCUAACCUUGGUGCUCUGCCUCUUCAUCUUCUCCGACAUGGAAAAUGAACAGUUGCAUGAGUUACCUGGAGAAGGACAGCUUUUGCAUACCUCAGACAAACGCCACUCUCUAUCGCCUUCAAGGAAACCAUUUGCCAACCGCGAACGUGACAGGGAUUCGGUAGCCCGAGACAAGGAGCGCUUACUUCGCUUUCACAGAGAAGCGAAAUCCUUUCUCACAAAGGCUUACUCUAACGAUGACGAUGUUCUCGUCGAGGAUCGCUUCGACCACGUUCCGACUGCAGGGGAUUCUGCAGACGAUUUUCUCGCGAAACGUCGCAUAGAGAUGGACAAGAUCCGUCUCGAACGUUUCCACGCCCAGGCAGUAUCCUUUCUCAACCGCGCGUAUAACGAUGAGCCGGAUACACUUGUAGUCGAAGAAAGCCUCUCUCCGGACCGAACCGCCGCUCUGCAGGACGAGAGAGCUAUGCUUCAGAGUUUCCAUAAGGAGGCCAUGAGUUUCCUAGAUGCUGCAGCCGUCAGGGCGCCGGUCACAGAAGGCGAACGUGGCGUACACCAAAAGGGGCGAAUUAGUGCAACAGAUGAAACCGAACACUCGUCACGAAAGAUUGAAAGAGACAAAGCACGACUAGAACAAAACUAUCUAGACGUGAUGUCGUUCCUCAAAAGGGCAGACGAAAACGGGAAAGAGGCCCUAGUCGAGGAACAGGAACUGGAACCGCACAUGCUCGAACGCAUGCAAUUGCAGAAGUAUGCUAAAGAUGCCAUGUCAUUUUUGGAUAAAGCCUUCCGAAACGAAGCCAGCGUCAUGAUCGGUGAUGAGGAGGAGACCAGUAGCCCAAGUUCCAAAACAACUGCAGAAGGCACAGGUCAGGACCAAGACAUUCUUUUGCACGAGGCCAAAUCUCAAGAGAAACGUAAAAGGCCUAGUGCCCAAGUGAGGCAUUCUUCUGCAUCACGUGACGUCCCUUGGCACGCUGAAGAAGACAGACAAAUUGCCGAAGACCGGGCCGCGCUUGAACGCUACGAUGAAGAGUUCGGUGACUUUCUUUCCAAGGCAUACCUGGACGAUUCAACAGUUAUUGUGGACGAUGGUGACAGCGACACCGCGCCAACAGAACAAAGUGACGGCGUAGACCAUAUCGUACCGGGAGCAAUUUCUGUGAGCUCGCCCAGUCCUCCCCCAGAAGACUUUAUUUCGGAAUUGCACUUCAGAACUCGAAGUCCUUCUUUGCCAGAGCACAGGCAAGCACAAUCACAGGCCUCACCAUUCAGCCGACGUUCUCCUCUGCAGGACCCAAAUUCCGUCAGCCGAAAGGAAGUGGAUGGUGCUGUACAAACAAAUUCAAGUUUCGAUCCCACGACGGGAGAAAUUCGCAGGAAGAGAAGUGUAAAUAUGCAGUAUCCUCGGUUCUCGCCAACUUCUUCGUCGAACAGACCACAACACAAGCCCCCAGACGGGAAACAAUCCGGUCUAUGGCGUAAUAGGCCUGAGAGUGCAAUGCGUGAUGGCAGAGAGAAUUAUGAUAGAGUUGUCCAAUAUAACUCGCAGCUAGCAGCAGAUGAGGGUGCGGCUGCAUCCAAGCCUGACUUGAACCGUAAGGCAGUGCCAACGGAAGGGGUUACGUCUGACUUCCUCAAACAAGAAAGCAAUGCAAGUCCAACACCUGAAGGAGCAAGUCCUCUCGUGUAUUUCGCGUUGGACGAGGAUAACAAUCCGCGCCAGGGAUGGUCAGAAAUGCCCUUGGAAAAGUCUUUUUAUAGCCGUCUUCCUCGCGGUUCUACCAUUAAGUUGCGCCCUCGGGCGACCGAAAACACGUCAAGCUCCAAUCGAAGCGAAAACACUCGGAAUGUAUCCCACGGUAUCAACCAAAUCCUCUUGAACGACCUCCGGCGUGUAGAAAAAGAAAGGGAUGCUUUGAUUUCUGCCCUCGAAGAAAUUUUAAACGAGAGAAGCAUGCUUGCUCAGCAGUUGUCUGAAAUGAGAACAACAGCACUAGGCAAAAGAAGAGGCCGGGGCGCAGGCAGCAACAUUGCAGUUGAUGGCGGUGAGAUUGAUCUCGCAGCUGAGUUGCGGGAUGCCAAUGAAACCAUGGCCAAAUUGACUGAAGAAAUGGAACUGACCCUUAGGGUGUUGGAUGCAAGAUAUCACGAAACGCUUCAUCGCGCUGAAAAGGCGGAAGAUCGUUGCGCCCACUUACAAGCAGAAGCCUCUCAAGUAGAAAGAGAGCUAUCGAGUGAACGGAAGCUUGCGACUAAGACUUUAUCUGAGCAAAAUCGUCUGCUGUUGUUGGUACGGGAGUUAGAGCAAGAGGCGGCCAUCCAUAAAGAGGCGGCCGCAUCGAAGGACCGUGAUCGAGCAGAACUUGCAAGGCUCGAAGCAAGCGUCAGAAAGUUGACUACAGAAAAUGCCGACCGAGAAAAACAUCUGAAGUGGCAGCUGGGCACUCUGCGAUCCAAAGCUGAAGAAGCAGAGAGUGCAGCGGCUCGUGCCGAGCAGGAUGCGAUCGAGGCUACAGAGGUCGCUAAAAUUGCGGUAGAACGUUCUCAAAAGAUGUUUGAGUCUGAGCGUAAAGCACGGCAAUAUGCCGAAGCGGAUAAGCAGACUGUUGUAAUGGAGUCAAAAGCCUGGGAAAAAUUUGCUCGUCAACGAAUGGAAAUUAACGCCAGCGGGGCAGGCGAAGAUGAAGAUCUGGAAAGCUCAAGAGCAGCACUGGGAUCGGACGGAAGCGCAUCCAAACAUGGCAGCAAGGAGAAUCCGAAGAAGAAGAGAGAUGGUGCCAGGGGAAGUAGAGGAGGUGCGGCGGAUAGGACGAAUAGUCCCUCACUUUUAGAAGAGAUGAAGAAGAAGAGUUUGAGCAGAUUAUUCAGGUAAGCACGGGUCACCGAUUGCGAUGCCGAUGCGUUACGGGCGCAGUUCAAGUCCACUGUAACUGAGAAGAUAACGGACGGAGUCGAAAACAUACAUGGUUUGUUUGAGUGCUCUUCAUGGGAUCAUUUAGUGUGAAGUUAUGGCAGAAUCUCAGGUUGUGCGAAUCGGAGAUGGCCUUAUGAAAGCAGCCGCUCGAAUCAGACGAAGGGCUUUGUCAUCAUAGCCCCCGGCAUGGAUAUCUCCGGCCUUGUUUGUGCAAGUGUUUAGUGGAAUCUUGCGCAAUAGACGAAGCUCACCUAUGACACCUGCCAAAUAGGAGUUUAGGUGGACGAUAUUACUGCAGUCGAAUGUCAGUGUGUGUGUGUGUGUGUGUUGUGUGUGUGUGUGUGUGUGAAGGUUCGAACUGCUCGCAUUAUUGCCUCGUCAAACAAACACUGUCUUCACUAUGUAAGGACCGAUGCAGUGAAAGGAUUAUCAUGUAAACUGGAUGUAGAGCAAAGCGAUAAGAAGAUGG